AUGGCUAACGGUGUAUGUACGGUCGCUUUUUCCUUUUCUGAUAUCCCCGAGGACAUCCAACUCUGCGUCUUGUCCUUCCUCUCACCGGUGGAGAUCUCGAGCUUCGCUUGCACGUCGAAACGCUUCGCCUCGCUGUGUCGUGAAGACGGGAAGAUUUGGCAUGCUAUGUGCGAUCGGAGGUGGGGGCAGAAAACGCAGAUCCAGAAAUGGGGAGAGAGUCAGGUCACAUAUAGACUCCUUUAUAAGACUUUGGUGGGCUUGGAGAAUCUGAUUGGCUUCUGGCGCCUCUGCAACCGAGCAAAUCCCGUCGCUUCGUCUCCACCGUUGGUGUUGUUUGAGUGGGGUCCUUCAUUUGUCAUGGGAUCUAGGGCUUUUGCCACCAGCUAUCAGGUUCGGAAGACUCCGUUUCUCUUGAUGGGUAUUUCGCCUCAGGGACGACCCGCGAACUUUCUGGAUCCCAAUGGUACUGCGACAUCUAGCGCUGAUCUAAAAGCUUUGAGCGGAGAUAUCGUCCCGGUGGAUGUGAAUUUCUUGGGAAACGACCAUAUCAUGGUGGAGGAGAAUAGAUGCUUUACCAACAAUCUUGGCCAAGAGCGGAAGAGUCCAAGCUCUAGCUCCGGGGACGACAACAACAUUGUGACAUCGCCCAACUUUCUCGUUGUGGAAAUGUACACUCAAUUAGCGAAUAGGACGAGCCCAAGCGGUGACAGAAGGCGACAAAGGAGGAAGGAGAAGGAGAGGCAUGCCAGGGCCAAGUGGGAACCACAACACUUUAUUAAGGUUAUCGAUUGCUUGUGCCCCGCUCCUUCUAAACCAUUACAAGGCUUGUGGAAGGGGAAGCUGGCAAUGGCAGUGCUUUUCUUCAUAGAGGAAGGGCGGGUUUGGUUGUACGAAGAUGAGACUUUCGGUUUCGGGUUUGUUCGAGAUCAAUUUAUCAAUGAUCUGAAAUGUGUUAACCUAGAAGAUUGCUAUCUUGCUGACGAGUUAGGAGCUUUACAGUGA